GCCCCCAGGUAAGAACGUCGUGUGCAUGGUGGGCGCCGGCAUCUCCACCUCUGCCGGGAUCCCGGAUUUCCGCUCCCCCGGCACCGGGCUCUACUCCAACCUGCAGAGUUACAACCUCCCCUACCCCGAGGCCAUCUUUGAGAUCGGUUUCUUCAAGAAACACCCAGAGCCCUUUUUCGCCCUUGCCCGUGAGCUCUACCCAGGGCAGUUCAAGCCCACCGUGUGUCACUACUUCAUGCGGCUGCUGCAGGACAAGGGGCUCUUGCUGCGCUGCUACACCCAGAACAUCGACACUCUGGAGAGGGUGGCAGGGCUGGAGCCGGAGCUGCUGGUGGAGGCUCACGGCACGUUCUUCACGUCGCACUGCCUGCGCUCCUCGUGCCGCCAGCGCUACGACCUGGCCUGGAUGAGGGAGAGGAUUUUCUCCUCCCUGGUCCCGAAAUGUGAGAAGUGCCAGGGGCUGGUGAAGCCUGACAUUGUGUUUUUUGGGGAGAACCUCCCCUCGCGCUUCUUUACCCUCCUGGAGUCGGACUUUGAGAAGGUUGAUCUCCUGCUCAUCAUGGGCACCUCACUGCAGGUGCAGCCCUUUGCCUCCCUCAUCAGCAGGGUCCCCACCAACACCCCCAGACUCCUGAUCAACAAGGAGAAGACAGGACAG